GUUAGUGUGCUUUAUGAGCAGCUGCAUUCAUGUUUACUUUCCUCCUGGCUGGAAUGAUAUUCAACCCUCAGCCCAUCUAGCUAAGAAGUAGUCGCCGUGAUCAUGGCGGACCGGGAGGAGCGCCGCUUCGCCGAAAUUUCCCGGGACUCCGUUAAACUCAUGGCCGAGAGUGCAGGCGUCGAGCUCGGCGACGAUGUUGCCGCUCUGCUGGCUGAGGACGUGUGUUACCGGCUCAGGGAGGCAACACAGAGCAGCUCUCAGUUCAUGAGACAUGCUAAGAGGAGGAAGCUGACAGUGGAGGGUUUCAACAGAGCUCUGCGUUGGAGCAAUGUAGAGGCCAUAUGUGGUUACGGAGCUCAAGAUGCUCUGCCUUUCCGAUCCGUGAAAGAAGGCGAGCUGUUCUUCACUGAGGAGCGGGACAUCAACCUGGUUGAGUUGGCUCUGGCCACCAACAUUCCUAAAGGCUGUGCUGAGACCAUGGUGCGAGUGAAUGUGUCGUACCUGGAUGGAAAAGGCAACCUGGAGCCUCAGGGAGCAGUUCCUACAGCAGUGCAGUCGCUGUCAGACGACCUGUUGAAGUACUACCAGCAGAUCACACGGGCCAUCCUAGGAGAAGACCCCCACCUCAUGAAGGUGGCUCUGCUGGACCUGCAGUCUAACUCCAAAAUUGCCGCCCUGCUGCCGUACUUUGUCUACGUCAUCAGUGGGGUGAAGUCAGUCAGUCAUGACCUGGAGCAGCUCAACAGGCUCCUCCACAUGGUGAAGAGCCUGGUCCAGAACCCCUACCUGUACCUGGGCUCAUACGUACGCAGCCUGGUGUCCAGUGUCAUGUACUGCAUCCUGGAGCCGCUGGCCGCCUCCAUCAACCCACUCAAUGACCACUGGACCCUCAGAGACUACGCUGCCCUGCUGCUCAGCCACAUCUUCUGGACUCAUGGAGAUCUGGUGAGCGGUCUGUACCACCAGAUCCUGCUGUCCCUGCAGAAGGUUCUAUCAGACCCUGUCAGACCUCUGUGCUCCCACUAUGGGGCUGUGGUGGGUCUCCAUGCUCUGGGAUGGAAGGCUGUUGAGAGAGUGCUGUUCCCUCACCUCCCUGCAUACUGGGCCAACCUGCAGGCUGUGCUGGAUGAUUACUCUGUUUCCAACGCUCAGGUCAAAGCAGAUGGACACAAAGUGUAUGGAGCCAUCCUGGUGGCGGUGGAGCGCCUGCUGAAGAUGAAGGCUCUGUCUCUGUCGCAGCAGGCAGAAGGGGGCUCCAGUGGUCCGCCCGGCUCUGUGGCGGGCGCUAUGGGUUACAGGGUGAGCUCGCCAGGCCUCAGCCCUCCUCCAGAGCCUCUGUCAGAAGCCGCUCUGGGAAUCGCCAGCCACCUUCAGGCGGGCGGGGCUGGCUGCCCGUGGGAGGAGUGGACCCCCGUUCCUCUCCCUGCCAUGUACUGUGAGCUGUACUCUUUCUUUGGGGACAGUCUGGCUGUAAGGUUUAGUACAGGACCCGGUUUAGGCAGCUACCCUCCCUGCAGCCUGUCACAGCUCAGCGACGCCAGGAAGGAACCGGCCGGAUCCGCCUCCAACCCCGACACCACCCGUAAGAUGCCACAGCUGACUGCUAACCUCAACAUCAGCCCGAGGCAGGAUGGGAGUCCUCGUACUGACCCGCCUCCACCUAGUCUGGCAGCUACAGGAUCAGGAAGGUCUCUGGCUCGCUCCUCCUCUUCCUCCGUACAGCGCUCCAGAUCCUCCUCGUCUCGUUCAGGCCAGCGCUCCGCCGGUCUGUCCCGUGAUGUUUUCCCCAAAGCUCGUUUCACCUCUCCUCAGACCGGUCCCACGCCGUUCACCUUCCUCAUUGGCGGGAGGCAAAUGGGCCGCCGCUGCCAAGGCCGCCGCCCCUUCCAGACCACUUUUGCCCCUACUCCACCUCUCCCUGCCAUCCCACCACGCGCCUACGCCCACAAACUACCCGUCAUCGGCAGAGUGGGCAAACCUGUACGCCGCUGGGCCUGCUCCCACUACUCCCUCCACCUGCCUCUAUAGUAAAGACUCAGGCACCGGUGGGCUUGAGACUGCACAUAUACAAACACACACACACACACACACACACACUAUAGACUUUCACUGUUACACACAUUUACAGCCAUAUAUUCAUUUAUUCAGCUUAGAUUGUAAAUAUACUGCAAGAAUUUAGUCUUUUUACUUAGAUUUGGAGUAUAAUUAUCUAAUACUUUUGUGUAAAUUUAUAUAUAUAUAUUUUACAGACAGUAGUGUGUACUCCCAUUAGCCCAACAAAGUGAGGACAUUGGUUUUCGUGAGGCAACUAAACACCACGUCCAAUUUUUAAUUAAAGGAAGAAACCAUCUCCACACUCUGUUUCCUUCUAAAUGAAUGAAGAAAACUGCAAGUACAGAAACAUCAACGUCACUAAAUAGCUACCGGUACUCAGGUUUAAAAUAAGAUCACAAUCAUUCAUGUAUAUUUGACAGUUCUUAGUGUUUUGUGUAACAGUGUCAUGUACUUGUGUUUUCUUACCUGCACCCAUCAUUACUUCUCACAUUCACAUUUCACACUCUUACAGCUCGAGCUGACAUCAUCUGGUGACAGAUUUCUUUAUACGAUCAUCUGCUCCGUGCACUGAGUGUGAAUUCACUUCUCCGCUCUGCUAACAUUAUGGCAUACUUCCAUUGUUUUGGGGGGUAGUCAUUCUGAGCCAUGAUGAUGAUGAUUAUGAUGGGAAGUUUAAUUUGCCAUCAUCCCAAAUAGCUCUUCUGCGUCUUGAGCCUCCAUUCUAUUAUCCCCUGCACACCUAGUCGUACUACUGCCUCAUUGAUUCAUUUCAGCAAUAAAACAUUAUUUCUAAAAUACCACUUAGAGCUGCAAAAAACAAUUAUUUACACUUUUAUUUUAUAAUUUAGUGCAGGAAAUUGUGAAAAAACGGUCAAAAAUCCAAACAUGUUGACUUCUCUGUGAAGGAAACAGUGAAAAGAAGCAAAUGAUGUGUUGACAUGUGAUGUCCACUAUUAAAAUUGACAAUUUUCUGUUGAUCAUUAGUCAAAUAAACAACUGAGCACUAGACUCAUUAUAAUCAGCUGAAUAGAGUUGAAUUGAGCUUUAGAUGAAUAUAUAAUGAGAGGUGAACCACACUGACUGUGUAGAUCAGCACUGGUCUUCUAUCAACACACACUGGAAGCACCUGAAGAAAGAAAGAAAAGAUGGAGAUGGAGGG